CGACCCCGCGUGUGCCUAGUCACGGCGCCAUGGCGGCGGAGCGAGCGGGGCCGGGCUGCAGCGAGAAUGCUUCGUGGCAUCUCCACUGAUUUGUGAGUAAUCAGAAAUGCAAAUAGCUCCUCGGGAAUCAAGCUACACUCAAAGAAACCUUACUUACCAAUUUCAAGGAGUGCAUCAUGGAGUGUAAGAGUAAGGGAAAACACCAGCAUAGCUUGAACUUACUAGAUAAAAUUAAGAAUAUGAAAGAGUUAGAAGAAAUGAUUGAUGUAGUGCUCAUAGCAGAAGAGGAGAAAUUUCCUUGCCACAGACUGGUGCUUGCUGCCUUUAGUCCUUAUUUCAAGGCUAUGUUCACCUGUGGGCUACUCGAGUGCACUCAGAGGGAGGUCAUACUCUAUGAUAUCACAGCAGAAAGUGUGUCAGUGAUACUAAAGUACAUGUACAGUGCUGUCCUGGAGAUCAAUAACGCCAACGUACAGACCGUAGCAAUGGCUGCCUAUUUUAUGCAGAUGGAAGAAGUCUUUAAUGUGUGCCAAAACUAUAUGAUGGACCACAUGGAUGCCUCCAACUGCAUAGGAAUUUAUUACUUUGCUAAACAAAUUGGAGCAGAAGAUUUAUCUGAUCAGUCGAAGAAGUAUUUAUACCAGCACUUCGCUGAGGUAAGCCUUCAUGGAGAAAUACUAGACAUCGAAGCUCACCAGCUUCUGGCACUUAUUAAGUCUGAUGAUCUGAAUAUAUCCAGAGAAGAGAGCAUUCUGGACUUGGUUCUGAGAUGGGUAAAUCAUAACCAAGCUUUGCGCACAGAGCAUCUCGUUGAGCUUUUGAAGCAAGUCAGAUUGGAACUCAUAAAUGCUUCCUUUCUAAGACAGGCCCUCAGAAGGAACACGAUGCUCCUUUGUGAUGGCAGUUGCAUUGACAUAAUCCAGAAUGCGUUCAAAGCCAUCAAGACACCUCAGCAGCACCCCUCUAACCUUCGCUAUGGCAUGGAGACCACCAGCCUUCUGCUUUGCAUUGGGAACAAUUCUUCUGGAAUCAGAUCACGGCACAGGAGCUAUGGGGAUGCCAGUUUUUGUUAUGACCCCGUGUCACACAAGACCUAUUUUAUCUCAUCACCCAAGUAUGGGGAGGGUUUGGGAACUGUGUGCACUGGGGUAGUCAUGGAAAACAAUACUGUAAUUGUGGCUGGAGAAGCAACUGCCACUAGGCUCUCUAGGCAAAAGAGCAAGAAUAUUGAAAUCUAUAGGUAUCAUGAUAGAGGAAACCAGUUUUGGGAAAAGUUAUGCACAGCUGAAUUUCGAGAGCUCUAUGCUCUGGGCAGCAUCCAUAAUGACCUCUAUGUCAUUGGAGGACAGAUGAAAAUUAAAAACCAGUACCUCAUAACAAACUGUGUUGAUAAGUACUCUGUAGAUCAAGGCAACUGGAAGCGAGUAUCUCCCCUUCCACUGCAGCUGGCUUGUCAUGCUGUGGUAACAGUGAACAAUAAACUGUAUGUCAUCGGAGGCUGGACCCCUCAGAUGGAUCUUCCUGAUGAAGAGCCUGAUCGAUUAAGCAACAAACUGUUGCAGUAUGACCCCAGCCAAGAUCAAUGGAGAGAGCGGGCACCCAUGCAGUACUCUAAGUACCGAUUCAGUGCAGCCGUUGUCAACAGUGAGAUCUAUGUUCUGGGUGGAAUUGGCUGCGUGGGCCGGGACAAGGGACAAGUUCGGAAAUGCCUUGAUGUGGUGGAGAUCUACAACCCCGAUGGGGACUUCUGGAGGGAAGGCCCACCUAUGCCAAGUCCCCUCCUCUCACUGCGAACCAAUUCCACCAGCGCGGGCGCCGUGGACGGGAAGCUCUAUGUCUGCGGCGGAUUUCAUGGAGCAGAUCGCCAUGAGGUUAUCUCCAAAGAGAUUCUGGAGCUGGACCCUUGGGAGAACCAGUGGAACGUUGCGGCCAUCAACGUCCUCAUGCACGACAGCUAUGACGUCUGUCUGGUAGCUAGGAUGAAUCCCCGAGACCUCAUCCCACCACCCUCAGAUCUGAUCGAGGAAGAUGGUGACCACAGAGGGCAAAGAUGAGGAACUCGAAGCCGGAGGAGCUACAGCUAAAGGAGCCACGACCUGGCAGCCAUGCUUGGGCUGCUCAGAAUGCAAAGCAGGGCAUAGGCAUAGUGUGUGGCGCUGACAUUCUCAUCGCAUGCAUAGCGGCCCCUGCGCAAAG